UUUCCCUUUGACCCGGAAGUUAUUGACCGGGAAGUUUUGUUUCUUUCCGUUCCAUGUGGUUGAAAGCGGACCGGGUCUGUUCCCUGCUCCGGCGCCUCACAGGAUGAAGGUGAAAGUGUUGAGCCGGAACCCGGACGAUUAUGUGCGUGAGACCAAGCAGGACCUGCAGCGCGUUCCACGGAAUUAUGAUCCUGCAUUGCAUCCAUUUGAGCUUCCCAGGGAAUAUACACGGGCUCUCAAUGCUACAAAGUUAGAACGGAUAUUUGCAAAACCUUUUGUAGCAUCAUUAGAUGGUCAUAGAGAUGGCGUUAACUGUAUGGCGAAGCAUCCAGAGAGCUUGUCUACAAUUCUGUCUGGGGCAUGUGAUGGGGAGGUUAGAAUUUGGAACUUAAUGAAGCACACCUGCAUCCGUACAUUACAAGCACAUGAGGGCUUUGUGAGAGGAAUGUGCACCCGUUUUUGUGGUACCUCUUUCUUCACUGUUGGUGAUGAUAAAACAGUGAAGCAUUGGAAAAUGGAAGGGCCAGCUUGCGGGGAAGCAGAAGAACCAAUAAAUACAAUUCUUGGAAAGACAGUGUACACUGGAAUUGAUCACCAUUGGAAGGAUCCUGUUUUUGCUACUUGUGGUCCUCAAGUUGAUAUUUGGGACGAACAGAGAACUAGUCCUUUAUGUUCAUUGACGUGGGGAGUUGACAGCAUCAGCAGUGUUAAAUUCAAUCCAGUUGAGAUGUAUAUUUUGGGAAGCUGUGCUUCGGACAGGAGUAUUGUGCUAUAUGAUAUGAGACGGUCCACUGCACUAAAGAAGGUUAUCUUGGAUAUGAGAACAAAUACACUUUGCUGGAAUCCUAUGGAAGCAUUCAUUUUCACUGCAGCCAAUGAGGAUUACAACUUGUAUACUUUUGAUAUGAGAUUUCUUGACAAGCCCUUAAUGGUUCAUAUGGAUCAUGUGUCUGCAGUUCUUGAUGUUGAUUACUCCCCUACUGGAAAAGAAUUUGUUUCUGCAAGCUUUGAUAAAUCUAUUCGCAUUUUUCCUGUAGACAAAAGUCAUAGCAGAGAGGUCUACCAUACAAAGCGGAUGCAGCAUGUGAUCACUGUAAAAUGGACAUCUGAUAAUAAAUAUAUCUUGUGUGGUUCUGAUGAAAUGAACAUUCGUCUAUGGAAAGCUAAUGCUUCUGAAAAACUUGGUGUGCUUGCUCCUCGAGAGAAAGCAGCUCUGAACUACAAUCAAAAAUUGAAAGAAAAAUUCCAGCAUCACCCCCAGAUCAGGCGUAUAAGUCGCCAUCGGCACUUGCCAAAGAUUAUCCACAGCCAGGCCAAGGAGCUACGCAUUAUGAGGGAAGCUCGUCGGCGAAAGGAACUGAAUCGCCAGAAACAUAGCAAGCCUGGAUCUGUAGAAGUUGUGUCAGAGAAGAAAAAACAUGUUGUGGCUAUAGUGGAGUAAUACUUCAACCAGAUGUACUGUUUGAAUACUUAAGGACAAUGUGUACAUUCUCUCAUUGCAAAAUCAGAUUCCAGUACUGUAUUUCUUUAAAAGUUGUAUCUUCAUUUGUCAAUGUGAAAAAAAAUCAGUUUCUAUAAAUAA